AAACAGUGUACGGUUCAAGUAAAACUGGAGCUGGGGCACCGAGCCCAACUGCGGAAAAAACCCACAACCGAAGGGUUUACUCAUGACUGGAUGGUGUUUGUCCGUGGCCCGGAGCAAUGCGACAUCCAGCAUUUUGUGGAGAAGGUGGUCUUUCGGCUGCAUGAGAGCUUCCCGAAGCCCAAACGCGUAUGCAAGGAGCCCCCGUACAAAGUGGAAGAGUCUGGCUACGCAGGCUUCAUUAUGCCCAUUGAGGUGUACUUCAAAAAUAAGGAGGAACCGAAAAAGGUUUGUUUCACAUACGACCUCUUCUUAAAUUUGGAGGGAAACCCGCCCGUGAACCACCUCCGGUGUGAGAAGCUGACCUUCAACAACCCCACCAAGGAGUUCAGACGCAAACUUAUUAAGGCUGGCGGGGUGAUGGUAAUGCCAGAAGGAGCAGAAACUGUUUCAAGGCCAAGUCCUGAUUAUCCCAUGUUGCCCACAAUACCACUCUCCGCCUUCUCUGAUCCCAAGAAAACCAAACCAUCCCACGGGUCAAAGGAUGCAAGCAAGGAAAGCAGUAGGGCAUCCAAGCCACACAAAGUAACCAAGGAACACAGAGAGCGACCAAGGAAAGAUUCUGAGAGCAAAAACUCCUCCAAAGACCUUGAAAGAGAACAGAGCAAGCCUUUGAAAGACUCCUCCAGGAAACCAACCGAGAACAAACUGCCUAAGGAGGAGAAGGCGCCUCCCAAAGCAGCUUUCAAGGAACCAAAACUGGCCAUGAAGGAGACCAAACUAGAGAACACCUCUCCAAAGGGUGGGCCACAGCCGGAGUUAAAGUCUUCCAGCAAGAGGCCCUCCAACGUGGAGUCACCAAAGCCUAGUGCCAAAAAACAAAAAAAGAGCAGCUCCAAAGGGGUGAAGAACAUCCUAGGGACAUCUCCCAGAACCUCGUCUUCCUCGUACCCAGAGAAGAAACAAACCAAGGAGAAGAUGAAUGCCAAAGUGGAAAAGGUGAAAUCUGAAAGUGAGGCCAAGGAGAUCAAAAAGCCCAUGGAAAUGGAGGAGUCUAAUUCAGAGGAUGAAACUUCGUUCAAGUCAGAGUCUGUCCAGUCCAGCCCUUCCAACUCCAGCUCCAGCUCCGACUCCAGCUCCGACUCUGAUUUUGAGCCAUCYCAGAACCACAGUCAAGGCCCGCUGCGCUCCAUGGUGGAGGACCUGCAGUCGGAGGAGUCCGACGAUGACGACAGCUCUUCCGGAGAAGAGGCCGCGGUGAAAGCCAACCCCGUGAGCCGGGAUUCCAGACUGAGCCUUAGUGACAGUGACAGUGAUAACAGUGCCGAUUCCUGCCUGCCAAGUCGAGAGCCUCCUCCUGGUCAGAAGCUGCCCCCAGCAAAUAACAAGGCAUCUGGAAGGAAAAGCCCGGAGUCUUGUAACAAGCCAGAGAAGAUCCUGAAGAAGGGAACUUACGACAAGGCCUACACGGAUGAAUUAGUAGAGCUUCACAGGCGGCUAAUGGCACUACGAGAACGCAAUGUGCUACAGCAGAUUGUAAAUCUCAUUGAGGAAACCGGGCAUUUUAAUGUUACCAACACAACCUUUGACUUUGACCUCUUCUCCUUGGAUGAGACGACUGUCCGCAAGCUGCAGAGCUACCUGGAAGCAGUAGCAACAUGACGCUUGGCCUUGGAAGCAGGCUGCUUUUGAAAACCAGAAAUCCCGUUUAUUGGUACCAGGAAAAAAAACCCCAUGGAACUAGGCCUUCUUACUCUCUUGAUUCACCCGAAGCACUGCCUUAGAGAACAGCCAUGCUCUAUGAAUGCACAGCCAGCUGCACUUUCUUGUAGGCUUCAAACAAGCACCCAUAUCGCUGAGUCUGUCCUCUCUAGCUUCAUAAAUAUGCUUGGGCGCAGGUCCCGAGUAGAGCAAAGGACAUGCUGCUCCCAGCUGCACAGCGGGACUUUUUCUUUGGUUUUACUUCAAGAGACUGUUGCAAGAACACAUGCUUUUUUCUGGRCAUCUCUGAGGUCUGAAGAAAAGGGGAUGAUGUUUUCUUCACCGUGUCUCCGGACUGGCCCGCAGAGAGCUCCAGYGAGUUCGGUUCCCCCAGCUCUGUGAAGAACUGCCCAUGCUGUGUAAGCGAGAUUGGCUUUUACAAAGCCAGCCGAGUGACUGAUGCCAGAGGAGGCUUCCCGGGGUCCCGGUGGCCUGGCGCGGCAGCGCGCGGCUCCCCUUUCACUGGCCUGCGAGGUCCUGCCGCCCCAGUACAGAGCACUACUGUAAUAGGACCCGGGUUGGCGCGAGGCCCUGCUCUGCGUGCCCGGAGCAGGACCUUGCUCCACGUUUCAGCUUCCUGGAGAGACGCUGCGUGCCCUGGGACGAGGUCUCUGCAAUCUGCUGUCUCCCGUUUGGGGAGGUUGAGACGUCUUGKUUGCUGAUCCAGGCUCCUAAACAAAGUCUCACUCCUUUCAGUCUGCUUUAACUGUAAUAGGACUACAAUACUGUAAGCUGUAUAUUUUAUAUAUAUAUUAUAUAUAUGUAUGUACUGUAUGUAUAAGAAGGGCCUAGUUGGGUCUUCUGAUUUUAAGGGUGUGUUUUUUUUUUUUUUUUCCUGUUAUGUUUUUAAUGGCUAUGGCAGGGGAAGGGCGCUUAAUAAGAUUUGACUCGUUUGUUAAAAUGCCUCUUGUGGAUGWUUUUUAGUGUCUGAACGCUGAACAGCAAUCUUCAAAGCAUUUUGUGCUCUGGAAGGGACUCACCUGUCUUAUUUUCAUUUGUCAGUGUUUUAAUAACUUUGCCAAAUUAUGUGCUUGGUUUUUGUUCUAUGUUCUCAAGGAUGAAUCUUUCCUACAUUGGCCCCUAUAGUAGUGGCUGUACUUUGGGAAAACCAAAACAAGGGAGAAUUUUUUUUCUUUUAAACUYGGGACACAUCUGGAAAAACUGAUAGAAAAGUGAAAUCAGGUUUGUUUCCUCCUCCCUCUUCCCUCCCCCCUGCCUGUUCCAGAUGUGGCAGGAACCAGUAAACACUAAUCCAGAAUCUYCUAUACAUUUCUAAUUAAACUCUCAGAAAGCGUUGACUUUCAAGUAUUGUCUGUAUGUUUGGGCGGGUACGGGGAA